AUGUGUUGUGUUGCCAAUCCAAUUCGGCAUAAACAUGGAAAUCAUCAUCGACAUCAUCAUCGACAUCACCAGGAAGAUCAUAAUCAUCAUCUGCAUCAUCAGGAACAGCAUCCAGAAACCCCUGAAGAAGUCACAGAUAUGUCUCGAUUAGAUGAAAUUAUACGACACAGAUUAAAUUCAGAAGAAUUAAGAAGAUUAGAAAGAAGAGUUAAUAAUACAAUAGAUGAUAUAUAUUCAGAAUUCGUCAGUCGGUGUAGACAUCUAUCAAUAAUACCGUACCUAGAUUGUUUGGUACAAGCAAAGGAAAGAUCUGUUCGACAAACUAGAGUGCGGUUAUGUUCAGAGACAAUGGAAACGUAUAUAUCUUGUGUAUUAGAUAGACACUCGUUACAUCGAGAGUUACGAGCAAUUGUUUUACAAGCUCAGAUCAAUUUCAUUUGUCCAUCACCUAUUGAAAUGAAACACCCAAUGCUGAACCAGUGGACCACAAAAUGGGAUGGAAGACGAUAUCAUUCAAAGGGAAGAAAUGUUACAAAAUUACCUUAUAACCUGAAGAUAGCAGCCGAUUGUCUUGGAGUUUCAGCAACACUAAAUCAACAUCACCUAACACUGAACUGUAGUUCUAAUGAGCAAAUUGCUGUGGACUACAUACAAUAUGGUUUUAAACAAAAUACAUCAACUCAGUGUUACGGAGAUUUGGAAUCUAAAGGCUUUGGUGAAUGUUGUUCAACAAACAGCACAGAUUGUUUUGUAUUUAAAAAUGACAUUGCUGGACAUUGUACAGGACAAGAAAACUGUGUUAUUCGAACAAAACAACUGGAGUCAACAAGCUAUCCCCACUGUGACAGUCAUCUAAAUGUUUCCUCAUCCAUUAAACUAGCAUACUAUUGCGUUUUUUCUGCUUCCGAUUCGAUAUCUAAUGUUACAGCCACUUGUGGAUCUGAUGCGCAGUACAAUGCCACAUCUACUUGUCCGAACACCACAUCACAGGAAUCAUCUACAGCAUCAACAGGAUCUUCUACAUCCACAAUUGAAUCAUCUCCAUCCACACCAGAAUCAUCCCAACAAUUAACUGAUUCAUCCUCAUCCACAACUGAAUCAUCUCCAUUCCCACAAGAAUCACCUUUAACAUCAACAGGGUCAUCAACUAAUGAACCAAUCUCAUCAACACAUUACACACAGGAAGUUAUGUGUGAUCAAGGGAUGGACUCAAACUGUACAACAAUGAUCUCAACAAACAGUACACAGAACUACAUUACAGAGAACAUUCCCUCAUCAAACUCCGUAGAUACAAGUAUGAUAAUUGGUGUUGUUUCUGGUGCAAUAAUCUUAACUUCUGUCAUAGUUGUUGUUGCCAUUGUCUUAAAAAAGAAAGGAAAACAGAAGGUUUCAGAAAAACAGAGCCAAGAAAACACCAAAAUACGUGCAUGGGUUUGA